AUGUGGGCUUCGCCAUCGGCAGCUUCUGCUGACGAACCCAGUGAUCCCAUGAUGAAGCGGUUUGAAGAAUGGAUGGUGGAGUACGGCCGAGUUUACAAGGACAACGAUGAGAAGAUGCGCCGGUUUCAGAUAUUCAAGAACAACGUGAACCAUAUCGAAACCUUUAACAGUCGCAAUAAAAAUUCGUACACUCUCGGCAUCAAUCAGUUUACCGAUAUGACAAAUAACGAAUUUGUUGCUCAAUAUACUGGUGGUAUAUCUCGCCCACUAAAUAUCGAGAGAGAGCCAGUGGUGUCGUUUGAUGACGUAGACAUCUCCGCGGUGCCUCAAAGUAUUGAUUGGAGAGACUACGGUGCCCAUUUUUCUGCUGAUAAUCAUUGUGUUAUAACUACUGCUGUUUCUUCUCCCUACAUUGUUGCUGAUGCUGUUGUUGAUGCUGAUGCUAAUGGUGAUGCUGCGAAUGCUGCUGCUACUGAUGCCGCUACUUUUUUGCUGAUCACCACCAUCAUCAUUAGCAGCAGCAACACCAUCAGUGUCAACAGCAACACCAUCAUCAUCAUCAUCAGCAGCAGCAGCAGCAACCAAUUCUUGUAA